AUGCAUUCGAAAACUAGGAGGAUAGUGUACAUUGUGCACAGCUAUAGUGGAUUUUUUAAGCAUUUUCUGUUAGUUAUAACUAUGGAUAAACUGGAGCCUGCCGGGAAUUCAGUGGAUGCUGGUGUUCUCGCUGGUGACGGCAGACCUUCGUACUGGCUUGACGCGUGUGAGGAUAUUUCGUGUGAUGAUUAUUUGAUUGAUUUUGAGCCGACACCAACCCCAGUGGCAUCGGCUCUUGUACCGGAACCGCUAUCUGAAGGGGGCUGUCACGACCCCAGCUUCUUUGGCGGGAUUGAUCAGAUUUUCGAUCGCAUAAAAAAUGGGGGAGCCGAUUUGCUGGCUCAGGCGAAUGAUGGAAACAACCAGAGUGAGUUUCUUCCUGGUUCUUCAUCCGGGGAGGCAUGUGUCCAGGAUCAAAUCCAACAAAACUCGGCACCUAAGCAUGAAGUUCAGAAUUUGAAUGGAAAACGGCCUUCUGAGUGUAGCAAUGGGCUAAAGGGCGAAAAAAAUGACUCUGGAAAAAGGCCUCCCGCGCUUCAUGACAGGGCAUUUCAGGGUAGGGGUAUGAAGAGGGAGAGGAGGAUUUGGGAUAGGACUCCCUUGAGAAAGAGGCAGCGUGAGUGGGACCAUGCGGAGGGUGAAGGGCAGACAAGAGACCGCCAAAGAAGACGAGAGCGUUAUGGUGCGGGCGGCUGGAAGGGCAGGGUUUGCAGGGAGGGGAGGGGUUACUGGGAACGGGAAAAGGAGACGAAUGAAGUGGUUUUCCAUACGGGUGCGUGGGAAUCUUCCCGAAAUAGGGAUGAGAAGGGCUCCCAGAAGAGCAGCAAAUGUGCUACCGGAAGCUCAGAAGAGAAGAAAGAGGACUGGCCCAAGGAGAAAUUUGUGGAGGAGGUGGCUCGCCGUUACCAGUUGGAAGUUCUUGAGCACGCCAAGAAAAGAAACACGAUUACAUUCCUUGAGACAGGGGCUGGGAAGACGCUAAUUGCCGUGCUCCUCAUGAAAAGUGUGAGCGCUGAAUUGGAAAAACAGAACAAGAAAAUGCGGGCCGUCUUUUUGGUGCCUAAAGUUCCUCUUGUUUAUCAGCAAGCAGAAGUGAUCCGGGAGCGUACGAGUUUUCAAGUUGGUCAUUACUGUGGGGAGAUGGGUCAAGAUUUCUGGGAUGCUCGGAGGUGGCAGCGUGAGUUUGAGAGUAAGCAGGUCUUAGUGAUGACGGCUCAAAUUCUUCUCAACAUACUCAGACACAGUAUUGUAAAGAUGGAAGCUAUCAGUCUUCUUAUUUUGGAUGAGUGUCAUCAUGCUGUGAAGAAACACCCUUAUUCCCUAGUGAUGUCCGAGUUCUAUCACACUACACCAAAAGAGAAGAGGCCAUCAGUUUUUGGGAUGACAGCUUCCCCUGUGAACUUGAAGGGUAUGGCGAUUAACUUAUCUCCAUCUAUUGUGAUCAGUGGUUUCUUAUCUGAAGCUUACGUGCAAAAGCUGUUGAUGUGUAACCCAGGUGUUUCAAGCCAAGUCGAUUGUGCUUUAAAGAUACGUAACCUGGAAACUAAACUAGACUCCGUGGUUUGUACUAUAAAAGACCGUCAAGAGCUGGAGAAACAUGUGCCAAUGCCUUCAGAAGUAGUAGUGGAGUAUGACAAAGCAGCUAGUUUAUGGUCCCUGCAUGAACAAAUCAAACAGAUGGAACAGACUGUUGAAGAAGCUGCUCGGUCAAGUUCAAGAAAAAGUAAGUGGCAGUUCAUGGGAGCAAGAGAUGCUGGAGCAAAGGGAGAGCUCCGCCAAGUUUAUGGGGUGUCUGAACGGACUGAAAGUGACGGCGCUGUUAAUUUGAUCCAAAAAUUGAGGGCCAUCAACUAUGCACUUGGUGAACUGGGACAGUGGUGUGCUUACAAGGUUGCACAAGCUUUUCUGACUGCUUUGCAGAAUGAUGAGAGGGCAAACUAUCAACUUGACGUCAAGUUCCAAGAGUCAUACUUACACAAAGUUGUCUCCCUUUUGCAAUGUAAUCUUACAGAAGGAGCUAUCAUGGAGAAUAGUACUGGAGGCACUGACAACACAGAAAGUCCUGCUGCAGAGGAGAAUGGAGCUGAUGAGCCUGAGGAGGGGGAACUUACUGACAGUCAUGUUGUCUCUGGUGGAGAGCAUGUUGAUGUGAUUACUGGAGCUGCUGUUGCUGAUGGAAAAGUGACUCCAAAAGUGCAGUCAUUGAUGAAAAUACUCUUGAAAUAUCAGCAUACUGAGGAUUUCCGCGCUAUAAUCUUUGUGGAACGUGUUGUGACCGCCUUAGUUCUUCCUAAGGUUUUUGAAGAGCUUCCAUCACUGAGUUUUGUCAAAUCUGCAAGUUUGAUUGGGCACAACAACAGUCAAGAAAUGCGAACCAGCCAAAUGCAAGAUUCGAUUGCCCGAUUCAAAGAUGGUCGUGUGACUGUUUUAGUUGCCACUAGCGUUGCUGAGGAGGGACUUGAUAUUAGGCAAUGCAAUGUUGUCAUUCGCUUUGAUCUUGCCAAAACUGUACUGGCCUAUAUUCAGUCCAGAGGUCGUGCCAGAAAACCUGGAUCAGAUUACAUCUUGAUGGUCGAGAGAGAAAACUUGUCCCACGUAGCUUUCUUAAAGAAUGCUAGGAUUAGUGAGGAGACAUUGCGGAAAGAAGCCAUUCAGAGGACUGAUAUUAGUCAUAUCAAGGACACCAGCAGCAUGAAUUCUGCAGAGGCGCUAGCUGAUUCUGUGUACCAGGUGGAGUCUACUGGUGCUGUGGUAAGCUUAAAUUCUGCCGUUGGACUUAUCCACUUCUACUGCUCCCAGCUUCCCAGCGAUCGGUAUUCAAUUCUUCAUCCGGAGUUUAUUAUGGAGCGUCAUGAAAAGCCUGGCAGCCCUACUGAGUAUUCUUGUAAGCUUCAACUUCCCUGUAAUGCGCCAUUCGAGGAAUUGGAGGGACCUCUAUGCAAAUCCAUGCGCCUUGCGCAACAGGCUGUUUGCUUGGCUGCUUGCAAGAAACUCCACGAAAUGGGUGCAUUUACUGACAUGCUGUUGCCAGAUAAGGGAGUUGGUGGAGAAAUGAACAAAAUUGAGCAAAAUGAUGCGGGUGAUCCUCUUCCUGGAACUGCCAGGCAUAGAGAAUUUUAUCCUGAAGGAGUAGCUGAUGUUCUCCAGGGAGAGUGGAUAUUAUCUGGGAAAGACUGUGAUGACUCCAAGUUGUUUCGCCUUUACAUGUACUCAGUCAAAUGUGAAAAUGUUGGCUUCUCCAAAGAUCCCCUAUUAGCUCAAGUUUCAGAGUUUGCAAUAUUGUUUGGCAAUGAAUUGGAUACGGAGGUGUUAUCGUUGUCGAUGGAUCUAUUCAUUGCUCGGUCUAUGAUAACGAAAGCAUCUCUUGUCUUUAAUGGGCCAGUAGAACUUCGAGAAACUCAGUUGAUGUUGCUAAAAAGCUUUCAUGUACGGCUGAUGAGCAUUGUGCUUGAUGUGGAAGUUGAACCAUCCAACACUCCUUGGGACACUGCAAAGGCAUACUUAUUUGUUCCUUCGGCUGGAUGUCAAUCUUCAGAUUCUAUGACUUAUAUUGACUGGGCUCUAGUUGAUAAGGUUUCAAAGACAGAUGCAUGGGCCAAUCCUCUUCAGAGGGCCCGGCCAGAUGUUUACCUUGGCACUAAUGAGCGGACACUUGGUGGGGAUCGAAGAGAAUAUGGAUUUGCGAAAUUACGUAAUGGCAUGGCUUUUGAACAGAAAUCCCACCCUACCUAUGGGAUAAGAGGAGCUGUUGCACAGUUUGAUGUGGUAAAAGCAUCUGGAUUAGCUCCUAAACGGGAUGUUAUCGAACACCACAAGGUUGACUUAACCAAAGGAAAAUUGAUGAUGGCUGAUUCCUGUGUUGAAGCAGAGGAUCUGGUAGGGAAAAUAGUUACAGCCGCUCAUUCUGGAAAGCGAUUCUAUGUAGAUUCUGUUCGAUUUGAGAUGACAGCAGAGAACUCAUUCCCGAGGAAAGAAGGUUACCUUGGUCCUCUGGAGUACAGUUCUUACGCCGAUUAUUAUAAGCAAAAGUAUGGGGUAGAUUUGGUUUUCAAACAGCAACCUCUAAUUAGAGCCCGUGGAGUUUCAUACUGCAAGAAUCUUUUAUCCCCUCGAUUUGACCACUCGGAUGGUCAUGAUGGUGAGUCCGAAGAGAUUCAGGAGAAGAUCUAUUAUGUCUUUCUCCCUCCUGAACUCUGUUUUGUGCAUCCCCUCCCUGGAUCACUGGUUAGAGGGGCUCAAAGAUUGCCAUCUAUAAUGAGACGGAUUGAAAGCAUGUUGCUCGCUGUACAGCUUAAGGAUAUCAUUGGAUACCCUGUUCCUGCUACAAAGAUUUUGGAAGCGUUGACUGCAGCUUCAUGUCAGGAGACUUUUUGUUAUGAAAGAGCGGAGCUCUUGGGAGAUGCUUACCUAAAAUGGGUUGUCAGUAGAUUCCUUUUCCUUAAAUACCCUCAGAAGCACGAAGGUCAGCUUACUAGGAUGAGACAACAAAUGGUGAGCAACGUCAUACUUUAUCAGUUUGCAUUAGAAAAGGGGCUUCAGUCAUACAUACAGGCAGAUAGAUUUACCCCAUCCAGAUGGGCUGCACCUGGCGUGCUUCCCAUCUUUGAUGAGGACACCAGGGAAGAAGAAUCAUUUUUAUUCGAGUCGGAAGUUGAUUCUAACGGGACUUCGAGUAAAACGAUACACGACAGUGAUAUAUACGAAGAAUACGAAUUCGAAGAUGGAGAACUUGAAAGCGACUCGAGCUCGUACCGCGUGCUGUCUGGGAAAACCCUGGCCGAUGUCGUCGAGGCUUUGAUUGGCGUAUAUUAUGUCGAGGGCGGAAAACAUGCUGCUAACCACCUAAUGAAAUGGAUCGGUAUCGAUAUAGAAUUUGACUUGAAAGAGAUACGUUGCUUGAUUAGACCUGGUGAUGUUCCCAACAGUGUACUGAGGACCAUCGAUUUUGAUUCUUUAGAAGGUUCCUUGAACCUCAAGUUCAACGAGAAGGGUUAUUUGGUGGAGGCCAUAACUCAUGCGUCUCGGCCAUCUUCUGGAGUGUCUUGUUAUCAGCGGCUGGAAUUUGUUGGUGAUGCUGUUCUGGAUCAUCUCAUCACGAAGCACCUCUUCUUCACAUACACGAAUUUGCCCCCGGGACGCUUGACCGACUUGAGAGCUGCUGCUGUGAAUAACGAGAAUUUUGCACGUGUAGCUGUGAAACAUAACCUUCACAUACACCUUCGUCAUGGGUCGACUGCCCUUGAGAAACAGAUUCGGGAUUUCGUGAAAGAGGUUCACGACGAACUUUUGAAACCUGGUUUUAACUCUUUUGGUUUGGGGGAUUGCAAAGCUCCUAAAGUUCUUGGAGAUAUUGUAGAGUCAAUUGCUGGUGCUAUCUUUCUCGACCGAGGAUGUAAUACUGCAGCUGUUUGGAAGGUCUUCCAACCUUUGUUGAACCCAAUGGUUACCCCUGAAACACUCCCGAUGCAUCCUGUUCGAGAAUUACAAGAAAGAUGCCAGCAACAAGCUGAAGGUCUAGAGUAUAAAGCCACCCGAAGUGGAAACUUGGCCACUGUUGAAGUAUACAUUGACGGUGUUCAGGUAGGCAUCGCUCAUAAUGCCCAAAAGAAAAUGGCACAGAAAUUAGCAGCCAGAAAUGCUCUUGCUGCUUUGAAAGAAAAAGAGUCGGCUGAGGCCAAAGAGAAGGAGAAAGGGGAGGAUGACGGGAAAGAUAAGAAGGAUGGGGGCCCAACUUUCACAAGACAAACGCUGAAUGAUAUUUGCUUGCGUAGAAAUUGGCCGAUGCCCCUAUACAGGUGUGUGCAUGAAGGUGGUCCUGCACACGCGAAACGAUUUACAUUCUCUGUACGCGUGAAUACUUCUGAUAAAGGAUGGACGGAUGAAUGCAUUGGUGAGCCGAUGCCAAGUGUUAAGAAAGCGAAAGAUUCUGCUGCUGUUCUGCUCCUUGAGCUCCUGAACAAAUGGUACGCGUCAUGAUUCUUUUAGGUUACACUGAGUAAAAGUAAUUCUAAAGCAACGAAAUACGGUCUUUUGGAGAUAUCACAACUUCCAUACUUUACAGGUUCAAAUAGAAUGAUUUAUAGGAAACUCUAUUUCGAUUUAUUGUGGGCUAAUGUUGGCUGUCUACUCGAAUAUAUUUAAAUGUUGCCCUUUUUAUUAAAGAUUAAAGACGUGUUUGGCUUGAUGUGGAUAUGCUGAGGAAAGGUGAAGAUGAGAAUUUGGAAGUGUUUGCACUUUCUUCAGGAUUUUGUUAUCGGACAAUGGAAAAUUUGGGAAUAUAAUUGUUGACUGACUACAUGGUGAAUGUUUUUUCUGCUUUGAUUAUCAUCCAUUUUGAGUUAGUCCACUUUGUUGUUGGGUAAAGGUGGAGAGACUUGUAAGCUGUUAUUCGAAACCAAGCCGGACAACUAACCGAGCUUGUUUAUUAAACAUGAAUUCGUUUAAAGUUUUCGAUUCCUUGAAUGAGCCGUGCUUGAGCACGAGUUCAAACAUAAGUUAAUUGAUUCGGCUCAAAUAAUACCUUGCCUUGGGGCGCCAAUAUUGAAGUUUAAUGUUGUGAAUUGUGUAUGGCUUA